UUUCCUAAGACAAUGGUCCCGCUGAUCAGACGCUAAUGUGGGGCUCGUGACCAGUGAAUGACCAUCUGAGUUUACCGUCUCAGCAGUUGGACAAGUCUUAAUCAAUCUGCAAGACGUCUCCUUGAGGUAGGGAGUUUGUCAAGGAACUGGAUACACAGAGGUACACUAUUGGAAUAGCUUGUUUUCGUUUUGUUUUGUUAAAACAAAACAAACAAAUGUAAAAACUGCCUUCCAUCACAGACACCACCAGAGAGUUGCAGACUGGACCGGUAAAGAACGAGAGUAGAAAAAGAGCAGACAAGUCAUGCUUUGCUUCAGCGGGCAGAAGGAGGAAGUGCGUUUCGUCAGUUCUUCCUCAGAAGACGAGAUUGCGUCGUCGUGACAGGCAGCAAAAUGAAAUGAGAUGAGAAGUCAGAAACAAAAAAAAAAAAGAACUGGAAUGUCUGUUUACUGAUGUUUACAACGGUUGUAUCAUUGUGAUCAUUAGAUUCCUGCAACACUCAUUGCAUUCCGCAGGACGGAUGAUAUAACCCAAACACUUACCUUUUAGAUCUACUGAUCUCAAGUCGGGGUAGCUCGAUGCUGAUUCCGCGGCAGAGCUGCCCUCUGUUUGCACUAGUGUUGAUGCCAGUGAGAGAGAUUUCUGUCUCUGCCUUUGAAUGUGGAGCCAAAACAAACGACAAAGGAAUUCUGGGAAUACCACUGAACCUUUGGGAAUGUAACUGGGAAUAACCUGUGAUGGGUCUGGAUUUACCACUGGGAUAAACUGGGAGCGACACACUGAGAACACUGGAAUCUACAUAUUACAGGGAAUACUAUGGAACACUGAGAACACCUGUAUUGGAAGUAUUCUGUAAUGAACUGUCUUUGCAUCGGAAUUCUUAAACAUCUGGAACACUUUCAUUGAACUGGAAUUCUCAGACUAACUGGAAAAGCUAUCAUAUCCAACUUUUUCAACACAGUUAAUUUAAAAUUAUAUAAAACAAAACAAAACAAAAACUAAUUCUCCGACUCUACUGAUCGGCCUGCAAUUACAUCGACCAAGAUUACAACUAGACUGAUCUACGAGGACAACUGUAAGAAAAAAGACUGUCUGAAAACUGGCAUCGUGUCUAAUCUGACCCGGACGCACAAACAGGCUACGUAGCAUUAUGGCAGGAAAAGAUUAUCACCACCUCUUCAAAUUGCUCAUCAUCGGUGAUUCAAAUGUCGGGAAAAGUAGCCUGCUCCUGCGAUUUGCUGAUAACUCCUUCUCCGGUAGUUACAUAACCACAAUAGGAGUGGACUUUAAGAUAAGGACAGUGGACAUCAAUGGAGAGAGAGUCAAACUGCAGAUAUGGGACACGGCAGGACAGGAGAGAUUCAGGACUAUUACCUCCACGUAUUACAGAAACACUCAUGGAGUCAUCAUCGUCUACGACGUCACAAAUCCAGAGUCUUUUGUCAACGUAAAGAGGUGGUUGAACGAGAUUUCCCAGAACUGUGACAGCGUCUGUAAAAUUCUGGUGGGAAACAAAAACGAUGAUCCCUCCAAGAAACAAGUGGACACUGAAGAUGCCCUGCGCUUUGGAGAGUCGGUCGGCGUCAGGGUCUUUGAGACAAGUGCCAAAGAAAACAUCAACGUGGAGGAGAUGUUUAUGGCGUUCACACACAUGGUUCUACGAGCAAAGAAACAGAGUCAGAAUCGCGCGGAAAGAGAGAGAGAACGAGAGAGGGACACAGUUCACAUCAACUCCCACCGGGACCGAGAGAGGAGGAAGAAAGGAAAGAAGUGCUGCUGAGACAGACAGAGAGAGAGAGAGAGAGGGAGAGGGAAUGCAAUGGAGCUCAUGUCACUGUAAAUCAGAAUGGAUUAAAAACGAGAGAAUGUGUUUAUCUCUAACUGUGCACUGAGAAGACAUAAGAGGCACAUGGGAAAGAGAAGUCACUGUUAAGUGCUGAUUAUUUUACCCUUAGUGUUUCUUUUCCUGUGUAAUUUUAUUAACUAAAGGGAAAUGUCGCCCCCACCUUCAUUAUACUGAAACUGUUAUUAAAAAGCUAAUCGGACAGAGACACUAACAGGUUUGGAGUGUUCUGCUGUGAUUAGAGUGGAGAAAAAAAAAUGUCAGUUUUAUGUCAGAUUUAAAAGAA